UUGUCAGGAAUUCUAUGGGGAGGAUGUGAAGUCGUCUCCGGAUUAUGAAAGGAUCGUCAACAAGCGUCACUUCAAGAGAGUCCUGGGCUUGCUGGAAGGGCAGAAGAUUGCUCAUGGGGGAGAGAGUGAUGAGGCCUCCUGCUUCAUAGCACCGACCAUCCUGACGGACGUUUCCCCGGAUUCCAAGGUGAUGGAGGAGGAAAUCUUUGGACCUGUCCUGCCCAUUGUGACCGUGAAGAGCACAGAGGAAGCCAUUGAGUUCAUCAACCGUCGGGAGAAGCCCCUUGCCUUGUAUGUCUUCUCCAACAACAAGAAGUUAAUCAAAAGAGUCAUCUCGGAAACCUCCAGUGGGGGUGUGACUGGAAAUGAUGUCAUUAUGCAUUUCUUCCUCUCAACCUUGCCCUUUGGUGGUGUUGGCCACAGCGGGAUGGGCGCCUACCACGGCAAGCACAGCUUCGAGACCUUCUCCCACCGCCGCGCCUGCUUGAUCAAGGACCUGAAGAUGGAGGGCACCAACAAAAUGCGGUACCCACCUGUCAGCCAGAAGAAGGUGGAUUGGACCAAGUUCAUCCUCCUGAAGCGGUUUAACAGGGGCCGCAUUGGACUGGCCGUCCUGGCCCUGCUGGGGGUGGUGGUAGCGGUGAUGAUGAAGGUGGUUUACUGAUGAAGAGGAGAAGGCCCCGUGUGCCAGCCAUACUCUGGGUGCUCGCUUUGUGUCUGUUUCCUUAAGCUGGGAAGUCAUUAUUUUCUUUUGUUCUGGGUGAUUUCAGUGAGCUGUCGAGCACACAGAGUAGCCUUAGAGAGGCACUAACAACAAGAAGGCUCAGACUCCUGUUUGCUAAAAAGCCAUGCUGGAACAGAGGGACCACAGGGGACAAGCUCUCCGGAGGAGGACUGCAGAGCAAGAAAUUCCAGUCCCUAUCUCCACCCCAUGCCAUGCAGAGUGCUGCUUCCAGGGGUGCACCAAACCACUUACCUUCCUUCAGUGACCAACAGGAGCUUCAGUUUCAGCAAUCCUUGGGCUGACAGUGUUUCCCCUGCAGUUUUUGGGAUGGGCUGUCUCCUGUUGUGCUCUGAACACCCUCCCUCUUGGUGACAAGUCUGAGACAGGCCAUGCUGGCUGAUGCAUUUGACCAAGAGUGAUGAUGGUUGUGAAUGAGCCCAGUGAGGUUCCCCUUGACAUUUGAGGUGAAAUAUUCAUGGAUCUCUGCAAAUUGGAAUCAUCCACAGCUGGUCAGGGAAUGCAGGCUGGUGCCCUUUUGGGUCUCUGGGUUUCACCAUAUGGCUGUAACAAUUAUUUAACUGUUAGAAAAUUACAAAGGUGGUACCUGCACUGCCUGUAUUGUGCUGAUGAGCAUCUUACACUCGUGCAAAAGAACUUUCAGGCCUGUUUAGAGAAGUGGGAAUGACAAAGUACCUUGUGGGUUAGCUCAGCUCUGUGCAGCUGCUCCCUUAUUCCCAGUGGGAUGGGAAAGACAGUCAGAGGAGUGAAAGUGAGAAAACUUGUAGGUUGAGAGAAAGAUAGUUUAGUAGGUGAAGUGAAAGCUGGGAAUGCAGGCAAAUUAAAGCAAAUUGAGAAAUCUGUUCAUUAAUUCCCCUUGUCAGGCAGGUGUUCAGCCAUCCUGGGGAAAGCAGGGCAUCAUCACACCUGAUGGUGACUUGGGAAGACAAAUGCCAUCGUUGCCAAUGUCACAAAUCCAAAACAGCACCAUCCCACUAUGAAGAAACUUAGUGACUAUGAUGAAAAUUAACUCCACCCCAGCCAAAGCCAGUACAAAGCUGUUCCUGGUCAGAUUGCUCCAAGGGAAAACAAUUAUUGAAAGAGUGUGUGCUCCUCUGUGUUUGAGCUUCUGGGGCUGCUGUAAUCUUGCAAUGGGAAAUAAUGUGGGACUUGUUCGAGCUUGGGAGGAGGAUGCUGAAGGAAUUGAAUGUAAAAGAGCCUUAGAAAUAUUAAUGUCAAAAUAAGGCAAAUUAAAAAAUUAUUACUAAAUGCAAUUAAUAUAGAGUAGAAAGUUAUAUUUACUGUGCAAUAAGUAGGAUUUCUUCGUGGCUGGUGAAAAUCCAUGUGCUAAGCCUUUUUGAUGAUAUAUUUUGCAAGUACUAAAUAAACACCGAGAAUUUAAGUAAUAAA